AUGGCUUCCAACGGGCGAGCAGAGAUCGAGCAGCUGGGACUCAAACUUCGCACUCUUCUCAACAAACAGUUGCAAAACAUAUGUCAGGUCUCCGGCCUCAAGACGAGCGGCGUCAAGGCCGAUUUACAAAGGCGCAUCACAAUCGCUCUAUACGAGAACCUCACCAAGGACCCGGCGACAUACCUGCACAUCAAAGAAUCAAUAAACAACGUUAUGGCCGGUAGUGGUCGUGGUGGCCAUCAUGCCAAAGACUCCUCGCCAUCUAGCAGCUAUGGACGAGGAGCAUCAGGCGCCUACAGCAACGCCAACGGCAGCGCUCACAGCAUCUCGCCGGCCCCGCAUAUGCAGCAACCCGUCUUCGGCCAGAACGGCUUCGCGGCUGGCUACGGCGGACAGUCUUCUUACGGCAAUCUUCCUGGGCUAAUGAAUCGACCAGCCCUUCAGUUCAAACCAAGCCCCUUCUAUCGCGUGGAUCAGAUGAUUGGCCAAAUCAAGACGCUCGAAGGUAGUGAACACCACGCCCUGGCUCGCUGCGUGACCGACAAGAGCCUUCGCGUUAUGGUCUUCUGCGCAGCCGACAACCAAGGCGUCCAGGAUAUUGCGUUUCCCUAUCAGUCCGAACUCAAGGUGAACGGCGGCGAGAUGAAGGCCAACCUCAGAGGCCUAAAGGGCAAGCCAGGUUCUACCCGGCCCGUUGAUAUCACCGACUCUCUGCGCUUGGAUAAGGUGGCGUAUGGUAACAACAUUGAUUUUACAUAUGCGCUUACGACCAAGAAGUACUACUUUGCCAUCUAUCUUUGCAGGGUCUCCUCUAUUGAAGAUCUGGUUGUAAAGAUCAGAGGCCGAAAGAUCCCAAAGGCCUCGGUCCUCAAGGAGCUCACCAAGAAGGCCAACGAUCCCGACGUGGUUGCGACGUCACAAGUCCUCUCGCUCAAAUGUCCUCUGACAUACGGACGCUUGAAGAACCCCUGCCGAUCAACUACGUGCAACCAUAUUCAGUGCUUCGAUGUCACCUCGUAUCUCUACCUACAAGAGCAAGGUCCGCAGUGGAUAUGUCCCAUAUGCAACAAGUCGGCUACCUUUGAGAAUUUGGCAGUCGACGAAUACGUCAAGGAUAUCUUGGACAGAACGCACGAGGAUACGGAACAAGUCACGAUUGAGCCGGAUGGAGAGUGGAGGACUGAAGGAAGGGCAGAACCCGUACCCAAGAGACCGAGGGUCUCGGCAGCACAUUCCAUGUCCAGCAUCAAGCUGGACGAUGACGAUGACAUUGUGGCGCUGGACGACUUUAGUUCACCUCUAGCAAGCGGUCGCAAUACACAAACCCCAAACCGAUCCAUGAUUGGAACGCCCUCGAACGCCGGCAACGGUUCAACAUCGACUCCGAACGGCAGGAAGAGAACUGCUGAAGUCAUCGACUUGACUUUGAGCGACGACGAUGACGACGACGAGCCUCCCCGGCCGCCCCCGAAGAGACAGAACACUAGUGCUGAUGGGAGGAAAACUUUGCAUGGACUGGGCGUUGGUAACGAAAGUAGUCAAAUGCUCAAAUUGCCCAUGACAUUAACCGCCACUUUCGAUGCACAGUUUACCUCUCCCCCACAGCGCAACCAAUCGCGCCCCAACGUCAGGGUGCGGUCACAAAGCUUCAGCCCUGUCCAACGUCAACCUAUCUAUCAGCCAACCCUUGUUUUUUCAGCCUCGGGUCUCUCGUACAUAAACAAAUACAACUGUCCGCCAAGACCAAGCCAACCCAAGCUGUCGCCUUCCGUAAAUAAUAAUAAAUCAAAUAAUAAAAUCAAAUCAAGAAAAACAAAAAUGUCUACAUUCGACCCGCCCCUGCCGCCCUUCAACGCCUCGGACCCCUCGGCCACCUUCCUCAACAGCUCCUGUCUCGACCUCCUGCUCAUCGAGAUCGUGCCCAUGGCGUACCGGCUGGUCAACGAGCUGGACGCCGCCGACCUGGUGGCGUCUGCGGACCGGCUAGCCGCCGCCGCGACCGCCACCGCAGCAAUGGAAGGGGGCAGCGCCGGGGGCAGCACGACGGGGGGCGGCGCUGGGAGCACGACCUCGGGCAACAGGAAGCUGGACGACGAGGAGGAGCGGGACGCCGUGUUCUAUCGCCUCGAGACGCUGGGGUAUCGGGUUGGGCUGGGGUUGGUCGAGCGCUUCUCCCGCGACCGCCCGCGCUUCAACGACACCCUCGACGUCAUCAAGUUCCUGUGCAAGGACCUGUGGACGCUCGUGUUCAAGAAGCAGAUCGACAACCUCAAGACGAACCACCGCGGCGUCUACGUCCUGACGGACAACAUGUUCCGGCCUCUGUCGAGGAUGAGCACGGAUGCGGGUGGGCAGGCGAUUGUCAGGGCGCAGCCUUUCUUAUGGUUUCCUUGCGGCAUAGUAAGAGGGGCCCUCGCGGCGCUAGGUAUCAAUGCCACGGUGCAGGCCGAGUCUAACGAGCUGCCUGGCGCUGUGUUCCAGAUCAAGACGAUACCGGCCAAGUCAUGA